UGGCCAGUGGAGUUCUGUUGGUUUCUUUCUUGGGCUUGUCUUGUAACAGGAGGCUUCUGGGUACACGUCUGGCUCUGUUGAUUUGUUUCCUUAUUUCCUUGCGCGGGUAUUGUAGUUGGUAUCGUAAUGAUUAUAGAGGAAAUAACUAAAGUACAGAAAUCUGGCUUGUUGUGGACACAUAAACCUUAUUCUGAGCUCACUUACACUCGGGACAUGAUCAACUUGAUCGACUUGAAAUCUUGUCAGCAAAAUGAGUUAAACUGACGUUGGGAAGGCCCCAUGCUAAUUUUUGUGGUUUUACAGUCACAUUUUCCUAUUUUAAAAAAUCCUUUUCCAUUGUGCGUAUGAAAGACUGUCACAAUUUUCCCCCUCCCCUUGCAGCUCCCAGCUGCUUUCUGUUCUAGUAACCUUGGGUUUUCCUUGUAACAAUAGCAGGAAUAAGCUUUUUGGACAAAAGUCUGUUUAUUUAUUUAUUUUUAAGUUGUGUGUGUCUAUUUUGACAUCAAUAAGAGUUAUCCUGGGGGUAAAACAGGUGUAUGAACAAGACUUCCUAAUCUGUAUCAAAGACACUCUUGUUCCUACCAAGAUGUUUGAGAUCUCCAUAAAGCUUUACUUCUUUUAAAAUGUAUUUAUUUUUUGAAUACAAUUAAAUCACUUUUAUCACCUCUAUUUCUGUUCCACAAAUGCUCAUCAGAGAGAGGGAACAUAGCCAGCCAAUGAAUAAAAUACUUUAUUUGACAGAAUGUAUUAUCUGCAUUGCUGAUUUUAUGAUAGAUUAUUUUUAUUUUAUAAAAAUUGUCUUAAAUUAGUUCCUCAAAAUGAAGUCUUGAGAAUGGCUAACAGGAUUUUGGAUGAUGCAGGGAAUGAUUCUCAUGUUGGUACAAGGUCAGUGAUAUGUAUAUGAACACUGUAUAGUUAGUGUGAUUUUGACUUCAGUGCAAAGCUUUUGAAACAGUUUGAAAAUGUGAUAACUUUCCAAACCAUAGUUUCAAAAGGGAAUCCUUUUGUCUAAUAGUUGGCAAGGGCUUCCUCAUAAGGCUACUUAAGCGUGUUUUAUAGAAACCUCUUUCCCUUGAUUAAUCCACUUUCAUGAGAUCAUUUUGCCGAAAUACUGUUCCUCGCUACAGUGGACUGAUUCUUCACUGCCUUCCUACUUGAUCGGUCACGUAUGCCAAUGAAAAGCAGGCCUAAAAUGCUGCUGAUUUCAUAGCAUUUUACACUGAUUGUACACAGGUAAAGGACUGCACAAGACGCAAGGCAGUGGAGAGUAAGUCCCAGUGUCUGCAGUCUUUGCAUCUUAGCAUCUGCAAUGGAACUGUUUCUUUAAUAGAACUAUUUGGGGGGGGGGGGGAAGAGGAGGUGUAAAUUGGUAGUUUUAAAAACAGUUAAAAUUAAGAAUAGAAAUAAACAAAUACUCUUCUCUACGUUUUUCAUUACAGGAAAUGGUAUAAAAAUAUAGUUUAAAUAAUUUCUUUGUGAGUCGCCCAGUUUUCAGAGGUGGCUGUGGUUGCUACAGGUGCUCUAUACCUCUGAAACUCAGGCUACUUAUUUAGGUGCCUAAAUGUGGAUUUAGUUGCCGAACAUUAGGCAUCCCAAGUUUUCAAGGAUUUGCCCAAAUGGAUUACCAAACUUGUGUUAAAUAAUCUUAAUUAACCCACAUCCUCCUCUGCAAAAGCCCAGGAGAACCGUUGGAAUUUGCAGCUUCUCCUGAAUGUUACCAAAUCCAAGCUCUGACUAACCAAGGAGGGAAGCAAAUUUUGACCAGGCAGUUAACUAGAGCACCUCGGAUUAUCUCAACUGCCAUAGUAAUAGAUGAAGCCAUCUUUCAAAUAGCUGGGAUCGAAACCAUUUAUGGCUUUAAAGAGCAAAUCCAGUGCCUUAACAGUCUUUGCUUUAUUAUUAUUAUCAUUGUUGUUAUUUGUACUACUGUAGUGACUAGGAGCCCUGUUCAUGGACCAGGACCCCAUUGUGCUAGGCGCUGUAGAAACACAACAGAAAGAUGGCCCCUGCCCCAAAAAGCUUACAGUCUAACUAUGACAAGAGACAACAGAUGGAUACAGACAGACUGGGAAGUACAAGGAAACAAUAGAUCUCCAAUCCAUUCUGAUGGGAUAUAUUCUGACAAUCUGCUUCAUCUGACUCGUCAUCAUUCCAGGAUAGUGGUCUCCUUGGGGCUCUCUCCUAACAUUGAUAUGGUACAGAAGAUUUAAAAUCAGCUGAUGUUCACAAGGAAUAGAGUCACGUGAUGUAUGAAGGCAAACACAUACACUUCUCUGAGGUUGACAAUAAGCCCUUGUGCUCAUAUAGCCCCAAACUGUGCAAGCAGAGGCGACUUAACGGCUACGCCUUCUGUAUCAGACACGUUCUGGAGGACAAGACUGCCCCCUUCAAGCAAUGUGAAUAUGUGGCCAAGUAUAACAGCCAACGCUGCACCAACCCUAUCCCCAAAUCUGAGGACCGUAGGUACUGCAACAGCCACCUACAGGUACUUGGCUUUAUACCUAAAAAGGAGAGGAAGAAAAAGAAUGAUCCAAUAGAGGAAGUGAAGGUCAGGCACCAGAUGGAUGCUAUGGCCUUCAGUCUGACAGUGCCCACACUGGCCUUGAAGAUGUCCAAUGGACUGGAUGGGAUGUCCCUCUCUCCACCAGGGGCUAGGCUUCCUCUCCACUACCUGGAAGCAGAAUUAGAAGAUCCCUUUGCUUUCAAUGAGGAGGAGGAUGACUUAAAGAAAGGGGCAACCGUGAGGAAAAAGUUGCAGAGCAAGUUGGCCCAAAACCGGCAGCGCCAGAGAGAAACGGAGAUUUUAAAAGUUCACCAAGAGCACUUUAGCCCCCUUCCUGCACCUUUGCAGCAGCAGCCACUGCAGCAGCAGCACUCCCAUCUGCCACCUUUAUCAACUUCUUUAAAGCCUACAGGGCUACCGCAGGGCUUAGUCUGCAAGUCACCUCAACCUCAGAACACCAGCCUACCAAUGCAGGGAGUGGCACCCACCACACACACUAUAGCACAAGCAAGGCAGAUGUCUAACAAGAGACCCCUGCCUCUCCUGCCACCCACCAGGGCUCCUGUCAUGGACCCACCAAGGACUGAUCGGGUCCUCAUGAAAGCCACAGCCUUCUCUCCACACUCAUCCUGCAUGAGCCGGCUACAGAGACUGGUGAAACUGUGCACUCGAAAACAGCAGCUGGAAACUGAUCUGUUUCCACAUUUAGGGCUGGACUGGUCUGAAGACAGUGGAGAAGAGUUGGAGGAUUCAGAGCAAACUUCACCAUACCAGGUUGCAUGGUCUAUACGGGAAACUCUCAGAUAUGAAAGACAUGAGUCAGAUGAUGAUGAUGCAGAUAGCAGGAGUUCCAGGGUGACCCAACUUUGCACUUACUUUCAGCAGAAAUAUAAGCACCUCUGCCGCCUGGAGCGGGCAGAAUCUCGUCAGAAGAAAUGCCGGCAUACGCUCCGGAAAGCUUUGCUGCAUGCGGCCAGCAGAGAGCCGGAAUGUGCUGGGCAACUGAUACAGGAACUCCGAAGAGCUACAUGCACUUGGACCAGCACAAGCCAAGCCAAGCAGAGAGAUGCAGAACCAACAACAUGUUGUGGAACUGUGAAGGGUGAACAGUGCACUAACAAGGCCCUUCCAUUCACCAGGCAUUGUUUUCAACAUAUCCUAUUGAACCAUUCUCAGCAGCUCUUCUCAAGUUGCACAGCCAAGUUUGCAGAUGGGCAGCAGUGCUCCGUGCCAGUUUUUGACAUUACACAUCAGACACCUCUGUGUGAAGAACAUGCCAAAAAAAUGGAUAAUUUCUUGAGAGGGGACAGCUCCCGUAAAGUUCAGCACCAGCAGCAGAGGAAACCCAGGAAAAAAACGAAGCCACCUGCACUUACCAAAAAACACAAGAAGAAAAGAAGGAGGGGACCACGUAGGCCCCAGAAACCUAUUCCUCCUGCAGUGCCCCAAGGGAACCUCAGCAUGCCCACCAGCAUCUCACUGCCAGUGGAGAUCUCCCACAUACGGAGCCCCUCCACGCCGGAGUUGAGUACAGAUGAGCUGCCCGAUGACAUCGCCAAUGAAAUCACAGACAUUCCACAUGACUUGGAAUUGAAUCAGGAGGACUUUUCUGAUGUCCUACCACGGCUGCCUGAUGACUUGCAAGAUUUUGAUUUCUUUGAAGGUAAAAAUGGAGACCUCCUUCCUACUACCGAAGAGGCGGAGGAACUGGAACGGGCUCUGCAGGCUGUAACUUCUCUUGAGUGCCUGAGUACCAUUGGAGUACUUACACAAACAGACGGUGUGCCAGUUCAGGAGCUAUCAGAUAGAGGGAUAGGGGUGUUCACCACAGGUGCUGGAGCUCCAGGAAUGCAGUCCUUGAGCAGAGAGGUUAACACGGACCUGGGGGAGCUGUUGAAUGGGCGUAUAGUACAUGAUAAUUUCUCCAGUCUGGAGCUGGAUGAGAACUUGCUCCGUUCUGCUACCUUGUCUAACCCACCUACGCCCCUGGCAGGGCAGAUCCAGGGGCAAUUCUCUGCCCCAGCCAACGUCGGCCUUACUUCUGCCACUCUGAUAAGCCAGAGUGGACUUGGGGAGAGAGCCUUCCCAGGACAGUUUCAUGGACUUCAUGAUGGCAGCCAUGCCUCCCAGAGGCCACACUCUGCCCAGCUGCUGAGCAAGGCAGAUGACCUAAUCACCUCACGACAGCAAUACAGCAGUGACCAUUCGCACUCCUCACCCCAUGGAAGCCAUUACGAUAGUGAGCAUGUGCCGUCUCCCUACAGCGACCAUAUCACAUCCCCCCAUGCCACAUCCUAUUCUGGUGAUAACUUGGCAGCUACCUUCUCAGCAGAGAUGCCCAUUAUGGCACAGCACUUGCUCCCACCGCAGCUGGAGGUGCCACUUAGUGGGGUGGUGAACCCCAGAACUCACUGGGGAAAUCUCCCUGUCAAUCUUGGUGACCCCUCUCCGUUUAGCAACCUUCUUGGUGCCGAUGGACACCUUCUUUCCACCUCCCUGUCCACACCACCUACCACCUCGCACUCAGAGACCACACAGCCUGCCUUCGCCACUGUGACCCCCAACAGCUCCAGUGUGCUUCCGGGGUUACCGCAGACCAGUUUUAGUGGCAUGGGUCCUGCCUCUGCUGAACUAAUGGCCUCCACUUCCCCCAAACAGCAACUCCCUCAGUUCAGCGCAGCCUUUGGCCAUCAGCUGAGCUCCCACAGUGGCAUUCCUAAGGACCUGCAGCCCAGCCACAGUUCCAUAGCUCCUCCCACAGGCUUCACAGUAACAGGUGCCACAGCUACGAGUACCAAUAAUGCAUCUGCUCCCUUCACCACCUCUGACUGAGCUGAUUGGUCUGUAUUUGCAGGCAGAUGGGGACCCUGUGUUUUCUAUCUUCUUUUCCCUCUUUAUUGUCCUCCCCUUCCUCGGAAGAGGAUGUUUUGUUUUUGUUUUGUUUUUUUAAAAAGAGGGGGUUAAAAAUAAACCUCCUGCUUCCGUACAGACCAGGGUGGCCCCUCCGUGAACCUUGCUCUAGUGUUCACAUGUGCUGUUUAUGCACUGGUGCUCAUUUAUUACUGGCAGGUUCACCAUACCCCAAAAAUGUCCUUAAGGAUACAGCACAGUUACUGGAUGUAAUUGACCUUAGCAGUAAGACCUAGAAAUGGGACGAUACCUCAAAUUACCAAUGCACGUUACUGUUUCCUAGGGUUCAGAUCAGUGCUUUCCAUCCCAUUAACAUGUCACGUAGGAAGUUUUUAUAGUGGGGAAAAGUCUCUUGGUUUAAAAAAAAAAAGGUAGCAUCUGGGCAUGGAAAGUUGGCUCCACACUCGGGUUUGGUAAUGGUUCACCGAAGCACUCAAGACCAUGGUUCAAUUAUUCAUUUGACUACUCCUUAAAAAUAGUCUUUUGACCUCCUCUGUGGGUGUGUGUGUGUUUGGGGGAGCAGCAGUUCCUUGUCAUCUGCUGCUGAGACAACAGUAAUUGUGUCCCCUUCCGAAAUGGGUCACUGUUCCUACUGAAUGUUGAUUUAUUUUCAUUAUUUUAGGUUCAUUGAGCAGAGAGGCAAUGACUAGGGCAAAUAGGUUUUACCUGUUUGCCCAGGGCGCUGAGGGUUGUUGCUGUUUCAAAGCUUAGCCCAGGGAGAAAAGACGAGAAAAUGGAAAGAUUGGAAUAAAUAAUGGUCUAGUCAAGACUCAUGCAGAAAUUCCCACCAGUGCUGAAUUACUGUGGCGUUGUAGUGUUGAUGAUUUGCCUUUUCAAAUGUGGCUUUGUCCAGAACUCUGCAUAGAAGGUGUUUCCUAGCUGAAACUGGAAGAAUUCUAUUGGUAUGUAUCUGUACGUUACCCAUUCAAACAAAUCUACGUCAGGCCCCUUUGGUAAUUUUAAAAUUACUGAAUUUCUCAAACUAUCUGUUGCUGCUGAGACUCUUUCUAGAAUAGUCGUGAUUUUGUACCAGGAGCCAUAUGGUUUUUGAGACACUUGUGAGACUGAUGCUCUGGAUGUGAAGUUGAAUGUAUGUGGGAACCAGCGGGUACAUAUUUGUGGUUACCACUAACCAAAACCAAACUUACUUAAGCAAAAUAGGGAAAUUCCUUCUAUCCACAACACCUUGUUGCUUUUAUUGCCUGUUUGCUGAAAAUGGUUUUAAGUCUCCUUGGUCAUAAUGUCAGCUCCUUAUAAAGGCAGUGGAUUCCUCUUGUAUCUGUUUCUUCCCUAAAGAAGAAUAACAAAAUCACAAGGAGUUUGCUUGAAUCAUUUAAUCUCCCUCUUCUCCCUUCCCUCCCUGUCCCAAAAAAGGGAAUGUGCUUGAGAAAAUUGUGACUUUAUAAGGCUCUAACUAGCCACUAUGUGAAAGUAAUUCCUA